UGAUCCAACCUCCCGGCUCGGCCGAGCCUCUCCGGAGCGCCCCGCGGCCAGAGCGCCAGCCUUCGGCCGCCCGGGAGCAAUCGGGCUCCGGGAGGAAACUCCUUGGGAGCGCCCUGUCCGGGGUGUCCUCUGCGCUCUGCAGUGUCUUUCUCUCCGCCUGGGAGGAGGAGGAGGAAGAGAAGGAGGAGGAGGAGGAGGAGAGGACGUCUGGUCCCGGCUGGGAGGUGGAGCAGCGGCAGCAGCAGCCGCCGCCGAGGCAGCUACCGCCGCCGCCGCCGCCGUCUCCGGAAAGGGAGAGGCAGGAGAGCUCGAGACUUGGAAACCCCAAAGUGUCGGCGACCCUGCACGGCAGGCUCCCUUCCAGCUUCAUGGGCAAAGUGUGGAAACAGCAGAUGUACCCUCAGUACGCCACCUACUACUACCCCCAGUAUCUGCAAGCGAAGCAGUCUCUGGUCCCAACACACCCCAUGGCCCCGCCCAGUCCCAGCACCACCAGCAGUAAUAACAACAGUAGCAGCAGUAGCAACUCAGGAUGGGAUCAGCUGAGCAAAACGAACCUCUACAUCCGAGGCCUGCCCCCCAACACCACUGACCAGGAUCUGGUGAAGCUCUGUCAACCAUAUGGGAAAAUAGUCUCCACGAAGGCAAUUUUGGAUAAGACAACGAACAAAUGCAAAGGUUACGGUUUUGUUGACUUUGACAGUCCUGCAGCAGCUCAGAAGGCUGUGUCAGCACUGAAAGCCAGUGGAGUCCAGGCUCAAAUGGCAAAGCAACAGGAACAAGAUCCUACCAACCUGUAUAUUUCUAAUCUGCCACUGUCCAUGGAUGAGCAAGAACUUGAAAAUAUGCUCAAACCCUUUGGACAAGUUAUUUCUACAAGGAUACUGCGCGACUCCAGCGGUACAAGCCGUGGCGUUGGCUUCGCCAGGAUGGAAUCAACAGAAAAAUGCGAAGCUGUCAUUGGUCAUUUUAAUGGAAAAUUUAUUAAGACCCCACCAGGAGUUUCUGCUCCUACAGAACCUUUAUUGUGCAAGUUUGCGGAUGGAGGACAGAAGAAGAGGCAGAACCCCAACAAAUACAUCCCGAAUGGAAGACCAUGGCACAGAGAAGGAGAGGUGAGACUUGCCGGAAUGACCCUCACUUAUGACCCAACUACAGCUGCUAUCCAAAAUGGAUUUUACCCUUCACCAUACAGUAUUGCUACAAACCGAAUGAUCACUCAAACUUCUCUUACACCCUAUAUUGCAUCUCCUGUAUCUGCCUACCAGGUGGCAAAGAAAACCAGAGAAAACAAGUAUCGGGGCUCUGCUAUCAAGGUACAAAGUCCAUCCUGGAUGCAACCUCCACAAUAUAUCCUACAGCACCCUGGUGCCGUGUUAACUCCCUCCAUGGAACACACCAUGUCACUACAGCCUGCGUCUAUGAUCAGCCCUCUGGCCCAGCAGAUGAGUCAUCUUUCACUGGGCAGCACCGGAACAUACAUGCCUGCAACCUCAGCCAUGCAAGGAGCCUACUUGCCACAGUAUACACACAUGCAAACGACAGCCGUUCCUGUUGAGGAAGCAAGUGGUCAGCAGCAGGUGGCUGUGGAGACGUCUAAUGACCAUUCUCCAUAUACCUUUCAACCCAAUAAGUAACUGUGAGAUGUACAGAAAGGUGUUCUUACAUGAAGAAGGGUGUGAAGGCUGAACAAUCAUGGAUUUUUCUGAUCAAUUGUGCUUUAGGAAAUUAUUGACAGUUUUGCACAGGUUCUUGAAAACGUUAUUUAUAAUGAAAUCAACUAAAACUAUUUUUGCUAUAAGUUCUAUAAGGUGCAUAAAACCCUUAAAUUCAUCUAGUAGCUGUUCCCCUGAACAGGUUUAUUUUAGUAAAAAACAAAAAAAAAAAAACAAAAAAAAAAACAAAAAUGAAAGAUUUUUAUCAAAUGUUAUGAUGCAAAAAAAGAAAAAAAAAGAGAAAAAGAAAACUUCAAUUUUCUGGGUAUGCACAAAGACCACGAAGACUUAUUCAAGUGCAUGACCGGAUUUUUGCAGUUUUGUUCAUUUUUGUGUUUAAUUUGUCUUUUUUUUUCAGCUGUAUGAAAUGGGCUUUCUGAAGUUUAAGUCGUCUGACUUCACCCAUGGUGUUCUGUGCUUGCCGUGCGAGUGUCGCUGUAACUCAGUGUUGCCGUCAAUGUCUUUCCUUAGCUUUCUGUUUUUCUUUCAACGUAGUGUGAAGUGUCUUAUCCUUUUCUAUGAAUUCCAAUUUGCCUUAACUCUUUGGAUGCUGUAGCUGUUUCAGUAAAAGUUAGUUCAAACUAAUGAUGUAGAAUGCUUUGACCAAAUGAGCUGGUCUAUUAUGCCUUGUAAAACAGCAGCAUAGGGCUUUUAAAAGGUAGUCAAUAAAAGUUGCUGAAAUUUUGGCUUUUUUAAAUAUGUAGUAGGUGUUUUUAAUGAUUUUUCACAUAAUGUGUAAGGUAGUGAAAUGCAAGAAGGGAAAACGGUUUUGUGUGAAACACAUUUUCUGACUGGGGAACUUUUAAUAGGGUAAAUUGUUUGUAAGGCUGUGCGCCGACAGUUUCCUCUGGUAGUUUGAAUGAUUUAGGAUAUCUGCUGUAUGAUGCAAUGUAAAGUCUUCUUUGCCUUUUUUCAGGAAAAAAAAAAAAAACUAAUGAUGUUCUAGAUUUAGUGUA